AUGGUUGGUUUACGUACUAUCUCUCAAUCAGUUUCUCGGACACUUAAAUCAGUAACCAAUGUUCGUUAUGCAUCAAUGCGUAGCCAGAAUUGGGGACCUCAUACUGGAUCUAAAAAAGUCAAGAUCGUAGAAGUUGGUCCUCGAGAUGGACUGCAGAACGAAAAAAAGUUCAUACCUACAGAUAUAAAAAUUAAUUUCAUUAAUAAAUUAUCAAAGACAGGUCUAAAGGUGAUUGAAACAACAUCGAUUGUGAACACUAAACUUGUACCACAGAUGGCAGAUGGAAUUGAAGUGAUGACAAAAAUCAAUCGUGAGCCAGGUGUUGAAUAUCCAGUUUUGGUACCCAAUCUGAAAAAUUUAGAACGUGCAAUAAAGGCAGAUGUUAAAGAUAUAGCAAUAUUUGCUUCAGCAUCCGAAGAAUUUAGUAAAAAGAAUAUUAAUUGUUCAAUACCCGAAAGUUUACAUCGAUUUCAGGAUGUUGCAGAUAUAGCCAAUUCACAUGGAAUUGCGGUUAGAGGAUACAUAUCUUGUGUUGUUGGAUGUCCUUAUGAAGGAACAAUUUCAUCAGCCAAAGUUGCUACAAUUGCGGAAAAAUUAUAUAAGAUGGGAUGUUAUGAGAUAUCAUUAGCCGAUACAAUUGGUGUUGGUACUCCUGGCUCUAUUUCUAAAAUGAUUGAAGAUGUUAAGGAAGUUGUACCAGUUGAACGAAUAGCUUUGCAUUGUCAUGAUACAUACGGUCAAGCUCUCGCCAAUAUAUAUUGUUCUUUAGAGUAUGGAGUAAGAGUUUUUGAUGGUUCCAUUGCCGGAUUAGGUGGUUGUCCAUUCGCCAAAGGUGCAACAGGGAAUGUAGCGACAGAAGAUAUAGUAUAUAUGCUUCAUGGAAUGGGAUACGAAACAGGCAUUCAACUCUCGGAAUUAAUUAAAAUUGGGAAUUACAUUUCUCAACAACUAAAUCGUUCAAACGGAUCUAAAGCAGCUUUAGCUAUUAGCUUAAAAAAUUCAACAUAA